GACGGUAAUGCGCCAUUUCCUUUCCAUCGACAGCGCCGAGUGUCAGGACGAAGAAGCGGGCCGACAGCAGGCUGUGUACACUGCAGUACAUGCGACCGUACAACCCGCUCCACAGCCUGGCUCCGUUUUUCCUCCAGCGCCAGCGACGACAGCCAGGACAACAGACGCUUGUGUUUUGGAGUGAAGUGGCGGAGAAGAUUUCUAACGCAUCCGGAAAAUCCUAACUUUCAACACGAACCGCGCCGUGUGUGGCAUUUGUGGACUGCAAAGGAUUGGCAAAAAGGCGCUGCUUUCCCCUUGACUACUCAGCGGAACGGUUUUUCCAAUCACAGACAUCACCACAGCCAAAGGUGCAGUGGGGCCAAGGCUGCUCUCAGGUCAGAACAAACCUGUCACCAUGGAUGUAGAUGAGGAGGAGAAUAUGAGUUCGAGCAGCACCGAUGUUAAGGAAAACCGAAACCUGGACAACGUGUCCUGCAAAGACGGGGUGGGAGUGGCUGAACAGCUCCCCAAUGGAAGCGGCCUGGGCAGUCGAAAGCGCCCCCUAGAAGAAGGAAACAAUGGACACUCUCACUCAAAGUUCCGUGCCAAGAAGCGCAAGAAAACACCGGGGCCAGUCCUGCCCAAGAAUGCGCUGAUGCAAUUGAACGAAAUUAAACCAGGUCUACAGUACAAACUGCUGUCUCAGACAGGACCAGUCCAUGCACCAGUUUUUGUCAUGACUGUGGAGGUCAAUGGACAGAUGUUUGAGGGCAUGGGCCCAACUAAGAAGAAGGCUAAACUAAAUGCAGCUGAGAAAGCACUGCGUUCCUUCGUCCAGUUCCCCAAUGCCUCUGAGGCACACCUGGCCAUGGGUCGAACAUUAACAGUGAACACAGACUUUACAUCUGACCAAGCUGACUUUCCAGAUAUGCUCUUCAAUGGCUUUGAGACACCAGCCGCACCUGAAGAAUCCUUCUAUCUAGGUUCUAAUGGUAGCAGCUCCUUAAACUCUCUAGGGGAGUACCCACUACCCACACCACCUGGCAGUAACCUUGUCCAGGCCCCAUUGCCCUCUCCAUCAGCAUUCAGCUCACCCUCCAGUGGCAAAAAUCCAGUCAUGAUCCUCAAUGAGCUCAGACCAGGCCUCAAAUAUGACUUUGUCUCAGAGAGUGGGGAGAGUCAUGCCAAGAAUUUCGUGAUGUCAGUAACAGUGGAUGCACAGACGUUUGAAGGCUCAGGGCGCAACAAGAAGUUGGCUAAAGCCCGGGCAGCGCAGGCCGCCCUCUCAGCUCUCUUCAACAUGCAGCUAGACCAGACACCGUCCCGGCAACCCAUACCAAGAGAAGGAUUGCAGCUUCACCUACCCCAGGUUCUGGCUGAUGCCGUCUCUCGCCUGGUGGUGGAUAAGUUCAGUGAGCUGACAGAUAACUUCACCUCCCCCCAUGCACGACGGAAAGUCCUAGCAGGAGUCGUCAUGACAACAGGGACGGAUGUGAAGGAAGCACAGGUUAUUUGUGUCUCUACGGGAACCAAAUGCAUCAACGGUGAGUACAUGAGUGACCGCGGACUGGCACUGAACGACUGCCACGCUGAGAUAAUUGCCCGACGCUCGCUCAUCAGGUACCUCUACACUCAGCUGGAGUUCUUCCUCAGCAACAACAAGGAAGACAACCAGAAGUCGAUAUUUGUGCAGUGUGAAAAGGGAGGCUACAGGUUAAAGGACAACGUGCAGUUCCACCUCUACAUCAGCACCUCGCCCUGUGGAGACGCCAGGAUCUUCUCUCCGCAUGAGGCAGGAGUGGAAGACCAAGGAGACAGACAUCCCAACCGGAAAGCACGGGGACAGUUAAGGACCAAAAUUGAGUCAGGGGAGGGAACCAUUCCUGUGAGGUCCAGCAACACCAUCCAGACCUGGGACGGGGUGCUGCAGGGGGAGAGGUUACUCACUAUGUCCUGCAGUGACAAGAUUGCAAGGUGGAACGUGGUCGGCAUUCAGGGCUCUUUGAUGAGCUAUUUCACAGAGCCAAUCUACUUCUCCAGCAUCAUCCUUGGCAGCCUUUACCAUGCGGACCACCUCUCCAGGGCCAUGUACCAGCGCAUCGCAGAUAUUGAGGACCUGCCCCAGCAGUUCACCCUCAACAGGCCUCUGCUCAGUGGUAUAAGUAAUGCAGAAGCCAGGCAGCCAGGCAAGGCACCCAACUUCAGCGUCAACUGGACGGUGGGUGACCAGGCCCUGGAGGUGAUCAAUGCAACCACAGGCAAGGACGACAUGGGUCGCGCUUCACGUCUCUGCAAGAAUGCCCUCUACAGCCGCUGGGUGCGCCUACACUCCAAGCUGUCGUCCAUCUUGUGGAUCAAGAUGCUCAAGCCCAGCUCCUACCAUGAUGCCAAGCAGGCAGCCACAGAGUACCACUCUGCCAAGCAGGCACUCAUCAAGGCCUUCCACAAGGCCGGCCUAGGGGCCUGGGUCAAAAAGCCCAUUGAGCAAGACCAGUUCACCCUCAGCUCCUGAGGGAGUCAAGGGACUAAAGGGAUUCCUAAACCCCCCACUCCUUCCCCCCUGACCCAGGCCACAGAGACACUUACCUCCGUCCCAUGUGUCGGCACGCACGUGCACUUUGUACUUGUGGAAAAAAAUCGUGCGUAGAUUCACAAACCAUCCACUGCUCAUCAGUCUCAUUCCUCAGAGGACCUCAUGUCUUUUUCUCAUCCGAUUGUUUUUUGUCAUUUUAUUCUGUUUUUAAUGGAUGGUGUUUUUUUCCUCUUUUUUUUUCAUCUACUUGUUUUAAAACUGGAAUCCAUGGUUUUUACACCGCUGAGUUGAUUAUGUUUCUCCAGAGAAAUAAUGUUUUUACACACCGUAGACGUGGAAGUUAAAAUAAUACAGGUUUGUCUAUUUUCUUGGUCAUUCAGUGUUAGCCAGUUUAGGGUGAAAUGUAGCCUAGAAACAGCAGAUCUUUGUUAACUAAAACUAAUGUGUGUGGACCUAAAAUACAAAAAAAUAAAAAUAUAUAUAUAAAUAUACUUGCUAAAAUUAUUGACUAUGACAAACUUUAAUUUAAAGAUGCGUAAAUCUUCAGGAUGUAAAUCUAGUUCUUAAAAGAAAUAUAAAAUAGUUCUAUAACAUUUAAUGUGUGUUAUUUGGUCCGCUCCUUAGAUGAGACUACAUGUUCAUAGCCCCUGCAUUAAAGAUGAAAAUGUUACAAAAUGCUGUGGUCCUGUUUGAUUCACUGACUGGAAAGAAUAUACGGGCCAGGUGUUGCAGCUGUUUAGUUGAUUUUGAUGUCUUGUUCAUUCAUUCAUGCAUAUGAUUUAUAAUUUAUUUUAUGUCAUUCCCAUUCCAUACUUGAACCGUGGGAGGUUUGGGGGGAUGGGGGUCCAUGCCGAGGGCGUCACAGCCCCUCCCCACCCCAUCUCCCCUCGCCUGGGUCUUGGGACAAGCUUUGGGAGGUGCUGCACGUUGUAUUUUUCCUUGAUCUAAGCCAUGGCUUUGCAUGGGAACUGAACUGGGAGGCCUCCAGAGCAGAAAACACAUGGUGGAGAGCUUCCAUCAGUGAAUGAUUUUUGAAUGAAUGCCAGCAUCUUCCUCCACAGGCAGCUUUGAAUCUUUGUGUCUAUUUUCUAGAUUUCUUGUGAUUGUUUGUUUAUUUGUCUGUUUGUUUUGGGGGAGGGGGGCAGAGGCCGUUUUGUUGUUUUUCUUAAGAAUGGGCAUUUAGGGAUUAGGGGGUAAUACUGCAGUGAAAAUAGUGAUAGCAUAAAGAGACCUCUCAGAUCUUGUAACUAUAUAACUCUGUGGCAGGGAUCCAUGAUAGCUGAACUAUAAAUAGAAGGCAUGGUCUGUGUACUGUAGUGCCACAUGCAGUAAGUUACAUUCACUGGAUGCCACGUUAUGCCGGCCUGUAGUUAUAGCCUGAAAUGCAAACAUCUUAUAAUCCCUCUCCAUACUUCCCUUUUGAAGAACAGUGAUGUAACAUGCAGUCCCUGUAUGAACAGAGUUGUAUGCUAAUGUCUGAUCAGCUCAACCAGUAGGUUACAGCCAGAUGUAUCACAGUGUGAUGUCAUUUCCACCGUCCUCUCUUCUUCAUCCACAUAUAUAUUAGCUGCAUAUGUCCAAGAAGAAGAAGACCUUUGUGGUCUAACCUGCCACCCUGAGCGCAUAAAUGUCCUCAUGUUUUAAAUUUGUAAAUGAGGACGUAUUUCCAAGUAACUGCAGUGAAUUUUCCUCUUCCCGGCUGUAGGAAAUGUGUGCGUGUGUGUGUGUGCGUGUGUGUGCAUGCGUGGCGUCUUUAAGCAUACUCUGUGGAAUCUUCACCAAAGAUGAUCCAUGUGUGUUUCUGCCCUUACAACGAUUUUUUUCUCUCCCCACUGUUUUUUUGUUGUUGUUGUUGUUGUUUUUAUUAAUCAAACCCUAUGCUGUUUGUUUUUUGUAUACCCACUGAAUAAUGUACUUUUGAUUUGUACAAAAAAAAAAAAGUGGAUUCUAUUCAGUAUGGGGGACAUUGAAUUGUCAGGCUUCUUUAGUGCAUCUGUAACUGUCGAUGGCCACUUGUAUGUUGUGACCUGCAAUCAUUAUUGCUGCAGUAUAUUAGUCCUCUGUAUAUAAGGAACAACAAAAAUGACAAAUUCAGUUCAUCCUAUCCUAAAAACAGUUUGAACUCCUCCCGUGUUGCUGGGAUUGUGAAAAUGUUAAUGUUCCUAUGUAUUAGUGGUUCUCUGUGACUCACUGGGCACCAUAAAGCAUGGCACUAAAACUGCCGGGGUUAACAAGCUUCAUCCCCAUUGUAGCCACCAAUGUUUUAAAGAAAAUAUGCACUGUAAGGUGCCUCAGCUAAAAGUGGCAUCCACCAGCUGGCACGUGUGAUGUCAUGUAUGUAUUUUCUUUUUUUUUUAAAUAUACUUCUAUUUGGUUGUUUUAUGAGUCAGUAUUAGAAAAGCAGGAAAAGGGAAUCUACUUGAGUUGACUUGAAGGUAAAAAAAAAUUUAAAAAACAACUGAAAUUUGGUUAAAAAAAAUAAUAAUAAUCACUGAAAACUGUGGGAUCCCGCUGCCCCCCUUAUGACCCAGACCAAAGUCACAAGCAAUACACCUGAUGUCUAAUGUCACCCCAUCACAAACAGGAGUCUGAAUGAAGUUUCCCUCCCCCCUACUUCUCCUCCAGUUUUCUCCUGCUCUAUUCUCACUCUACAAAGCUGUCAGAGGUUUUGUUUUGUUUUUGUUUUUUGUAUAUUUCCCUCCUAAAGAGACUGCCUGCUUCUAGAAUUUUUCUUUGACUGCACUAAAGAUGUCAACUGAUGAUGUCAUGAUAUAAAACCGUCCCCGUUUAUGGAUUGGAUGGCAACUAUCACUGCAAGAACUGAACUGCUUCUGCUUAACCCUUUGUGAAUCCUUGAUGAUGGUCUGUGCCACCACCACCCCUGCAGCUGUGUCUGUAGUGGGGUUUUCUUUCCUUUUCUUUUUCUUUUAUUUUUGAAGCGGGACGGUGACUCCAUAGUGGUCAGUGUUUGUCCACUCAAGGUUUAAGAGCCACCACUCCCCGUUC